AUGCAGAAGAGAGAUGCAACCGGUAAAUUAGGUUUAUCUACCUUGCAAAAAGUAAUAGCUGCACACCGUAUUCUAGCGUAUGGAACAUCUGUAGAUGCAACCGAAGAAUAUAUUAGGAUUGGAUCCAACAAUGAUAUUAAUGUGUUACAAUCAUCAAAUUUAUUUGAUAAACUUGCACAUGGUAUUGCGCCUCCUGCUAAUUACACUAUCUUUGGAAAAGAUUAUGAUACAUGUUACUAUUUGGCCGAUGGGAUAUAUCCCAAAUGGCCCACUCUUGUGCAAACUAUAGCCCAACCCCAAGGACCAAAGAAGCAGUACUUUGCAGCCAUGCAAGAAGGAUAUCGAAAGGAUAUGGAGCGGGCAUUUGGCGUACUUCAAGAUAAACGAGUGCUACAUGACAUCAUGACUGCUUGUGUAAUACUACACAAUAUGAUUGUGGUGGAUGAACGUGAAGAAGAACUAGAUAAUGUUGAUUCAACUUAA